AUGUUCGCAGCGAGAGCCCGGCCCGCGCAGAGGGUAUUUGCAUCGCGCCUGCUGUCGACUACCACGCGCAGAACGCAACCCUCGUCCCCGCGUCCUCCUCGGCCUAUCGACGACUCCACGUCCGCACUCGAUUACAAGCGCACACAACGCCAUGCGCCCCCGCCCCUGCCCCAGAUGGACACGCCUCGGACGCGGACCGCGGAGGAGGCGGUCACAAAUAUUCUCUACAAUACGCCGCCGCCGAGCAUGCAGCCUUACAAAAAACACAUCCUGAAUUGUCUCGUGCAGAAUGAGCCAGGCGUGCUCUCGCGCGUGUCCGGCAUCCUCGCCGCGCGGGGGUUCAACAUCGAUUCGCUGGUCGUCUGCCGGACCGAAAUCCGCGACCUCUCCCGGAUGUGCAUCGUUCUCAACGGACAGGAUGGCGUCGUUGAGCAGGCCCGCAGGCAGCUUGAAGACCUCGUCCCGGUGUGGGCAGUACUCGACUACACCGAAACACGCUGCAUCGAGCGCGAACUUCUUCUCGUGAAGGUAUCCAUCCUCGGCCCCGAGUAUCUCGAAGCGCAGCUACUCGGUGGUCCCUCUCACGACCCACGCGCCUUCACUCCCGCCGACUCGGCUGCCCCUGCGGCACCCAUCGCCACCGACGGCGACGUGAAGUUCGAGCGCGAGAAGGUGCUCGCAAGCCACUUUGAGCACCGCGCCGCGCCCUCGACUGCCGAGCCCAUCGCGCUCACCCCGAGCGAGGCUCUGCGCGUCAAGCACCAGCACCUGCAGUCGAUAGCGACCCUCGCGAAGCAGUUCGGUGCCAAGAUCGUGGACGUGUCGGAUAACAGCGUGAUCGUUGAGAUGAGCGCAAAGACGAGCCGCGUAGACGCCUUCCUCCAGCUGGUCGAGCCCUUCGGUGUGCUUGAGAGUGCGCGAACUGGUGUCAUGGUGCUCCCUCGCACGCCCCUUCGCAAAACUCCAGGAGAAGACGACGACACGUUGGACGAAGUCGCCGCCGUGGACGUUAGCCAGCUUCCUCCCGGUUGA